AUGAAUUACGGUUUACCUAAAUUACCCGGAUAUAAUUUUAAUGAUGUCACCAGAAACAGGUAUCAUGUGAGCCAAAAAUGUAAAGUUCGUAAUGGAUAUAGAACUUUUGUGGAAACAGAUGGUUUGGGUAUUGGGCAUAGACCAUUGGACAUUGACUCUGUAGGAUAUUUAGAUGUUGAUAAGACUACACGAUUAGUUUAUAUAAGGGCUGUUAGAGCUCUAUUUUAUAUAAAUAAUAAAUUAGAAUUGGAUCCAUCGCUUAUUUAUGGUCGUGCAAAAAGUGAAUACACGCCAAAAUUUAUACCACAUUAUGCAGUAUACGGCAACAAAUGCCUCACAUUUAGGGCAUAUUACAAACAAUAUUUACCAUUGUCACCAAAUGAAGAUUUCUUAGUACAUUAUGUAAACAUUCAUUAUUUUUUGGAGGAUGAUACCAUAACCGUAAUUGAACCAAAAAUUCCAAACAGUGGAUUUUUAGAAGGGCGAAUUAUAAGGCGACGUCGAAUAGAAAAACCAAACAGUUAUAAAUUCUGGCAUUGGAAAGACUUGAAUAUUGAUAUGGACAUUAAUUUACAGGGUAUUAUUUUUCAUACGUUCAGUUGUGAUCGUUUCACCAAGGAAUUUAUGAGGAGCCAAGGUAUCGAUAUCAACUGUGAUGAUACAUUCUUGCAAAAUUCUCCAAUGGAAGAAAUCGAACCAAAAUAUCAUUUAUUCAAGAGACCUCCAUCGGGUAGCUUAGAAAAUACUUACAGGCGGAAAUAUGCGGGCAGAGAUGAUGUUUUAAAUUUCCUUUGUAUCUGGGAAAACGAUUUAUUAGAAAAACGUGAAUUUGUUCUAAGUUAUUUCGUAGAAGAUGAUACCAUAACUAUAAAAGAACUAUUAAAAAGAAACGAUGGCCGCGAUCCAUUUUCAAAAUUAUUAAGAAAAACAAAAUUACCAAAACAUGAAAGUAAUUUCUUUCAUUCGAUACUUGAAGACAAUCAGGAUAUGAUAGAAUAUUACGGGCCUGAAGAUUUAAUUAUUGGAAAUAGUAUAAACGUAUUUGGACGAAAAUUCCUAAUUGUAAAUUGUGAUACGAUGACGAGAUAUUUUUACAAAACAAUUUUAAAUAUUGAACAACCAAAUGAAAUUGAUUGGAAAAACGAUACAAAUAAGAAUCAUGAAUUGAAAUAUAUUUUAAAUGCAAAUAAGUAUCUAAGAUAUUCGGCUGAUAUGAUUUCUUCUCACCCAGAAGAUUAUGGUAGAAAAUUUAUAUUCUCAUAUGCAUUGGCUGAUGAUACAACAAAAAUUGUCGAAUUAAAACAACCAAAUUUCGGUAUAACGGGUGGUACAUUUUUAAGUCGACAAAAAAUUCUUAAACCAAACUCAGAUGAAGACGAAUAUUAUACAGCUACCGAUUUUUAUAUUGGAGCUAUUAUAAAUGUUUAUAAACAUUUAUUUCGUAUUACUGGUGCUGAUUUAUAUGUACUUAACUACAUUGAACAAAAUCGAAAUGAAUUUCCAAUGAGUGUGUAUGAAAAUUUAAAAGAAUAUGCUUUAAAGCAAGGCUUUAUCAAAUCAUCCGAUUCGAGUGAUUUAAUAGCAAAAAUAGACGAAAAUGAUCCAUGUUUCGUAAAGCAAUUAGAAAAUAAUGAAACACAUAUUCAACAAGAUACUGAUCCAGAUGCACCUACCGUUGAAUGUAGAUUUCCUAUUGCCGUUCAAGGACAAUUACAAGAUAAACAAUGUACCCAUUCUAAAGAUUUAAAUUUAGAUAUUCGUGACAGUAUUUACGAUGAAAAUAAAACAAAAACAGAUUACAAACCGGAUUUCGAUAACGAUAUAAGUAAUUAUAUUACCGAAAAAGAGAAUAAAAUCGAAUGUCCAAUAACUGGUGAACCUGGUAUGGCAACGCAUUCCAAGAAAAUGGUUACCUUUGCUUUAUAA